AUGGAGGACGCGGGAGCCGCUGGCCCCGGGCCGGAGCCCGAGCCCGCGCAGCAGCCGGAACCUGAGCCCGAGCCGGAGCCCGAGCCCGAGCCCGAGACGGAGUCCGAGCCGGCGGCCGGCAUGAGCGAGGCGUUCUCCCGGCUCUGGACCGAUGUGAUGGGGAUUCUGGAUGGAUCGCUGGGCAACAUCGACGACUUGGCACAGCAGUAUGCAGACUAUUACAACACCUGCUUCUCGGAUGUGUGCGAGAGGAUGGAGGAGCUACGCAAGAGGCGGGUGUCGCAGGACCUGGACGUGGAGAAACCUGAUGCCAUCCCCACGUCACUUCAGCUGCGGUCCCAGAUCGAAGAGUCCCUGGGCUUCAGUAGCACCGCAUCAACACCAGAAGUGGAAAGAAAGACUCCUCUCCAUAAAUCAAACUCAGAAGACGGUUCUAUAGGAAAAGGAGAUUGGAAGAAGAAAAAUAAGUAUUUCUGGCAGAACUUCCGAAAGAACCAGAAAGGAAUAAUGAGGCAGACUUCAAAAGGUGAAGAUGUUGGUUAUGUCGCCAGUGAGAUAACCAUGAGUGACGAGGAACGGAUUCAGCUCAUGAUGAUGGUCAAGGAGAAGAUGAUCACCAUUGAGGAAGCCCUGGCGAGGCUCAAGGAGUACGAGGCCCACCACCGGCAGCCGGCCACCCCAGACUCCGCCGACUGGCCUGACGGUUCCUACCCCUCAUUCGAUGGCUCAUCCAACUGCAAUUCAAGAGAACAAUCGGAUGAUGAAAGCGAGGAGUCGGUGAAGUUUAAGAGGUUGCACAAGCUGGUUAACUCGACGCGCAGAGUCAGGAAGAAACUCAUUAGAGUGGAAGAGAUGCGGAAGCCUACUCCAGAAGGAGGGGAGGAGCAGGCCUUUGACAAUUCCCCAGGCGUGGAUGAGAGAUCUGCUCUGUACUCAGGAGUCCACAAGAAGCCGUUGUUCUUCGAUGGCUCUCCUGAGAAACCUCCUGAAGAUGAUUCCGACUCCCUCACCACCUCUCCAUCCUCCAGCAGCCUGGAUACUUGGGGAGCUGGCCGGAAACUGGUCAAAACCUUCAGCAAAGGAGAUGGCCGAAGCCUGAUUAAACCCCCUAAGAAGAUGGGGACGUUCUUCUCCUAUCCAGAAGAAGAAAAGGCCCAGAAGGUUUCCCGCUCCCUCACGGAGGGAGAGAUGAAGAAGGGCCUGGGGUCCCUGAGCCAUGGGAGAACCUGCAGCUUUGGAGGAUUUGACCUGACCAACCGCACUCUACACAUUGGCAAUAACAACUCCGACCCGAUGGGCAAAGAAGGAGAUUUUGUGUACAAAGAAGUAAUCAAAUCGCCCCCUGCCUCCCGUAUCUCUCUGGGGAAAAAGGUGAAGUCGGUGAAAGAGACAAUGAGGAAGAGGAUGUCUAAGAAGUACAGCAGCUCUGUUGUGGAGCAGGACUCAGGCCUUGAUGGAAUGCCCGGCUCCCCUCCGUCAUCCCAGCCGGACUCAGAGCGCAUGGACAAACCCAAGCUCAAGGCGGGUGGCUCUGUGGAGAGCCUGCGAAGCUCGCUGAGCGGCCAGAGCUCAAUGAGUGGCCAAACCGUGAGCACGACGGAUUCUUCCACCAGCAACAGGGAGAGUGUCAAGUCAGAAGACGGUGACGAUGAAGAGCCGCCCUACCGGGGCCCCUUCUGUGGGCGCGCCCGGGUGCACACCGACUUCACGCCCAGCCCCUACGACACGGACUCGCUCAAGCUCAAGAAAGGCGAUAUCAUUGAUAUAAUCAGCAAGCCACCCAUGGGGACGUGGAUGGGCCUGUUGAACAACAAAGUCGGCACGUUCAAGUUCAUCUACGUGGAUGUGCUGAAUGAGGAGGAGGAGAAGCCCAAGCGCCCCACCAGGAGGAGGCGGAAAGGAAGACCACCCCAGCCCAAGUCUGUGGAAGAUCUGCUCGACCGGAUUAACCUGAAAGAGCACAUGCCCACGUUCCUGUUUAAUGGCUAUGAAGAUCUGGACACCUUUAAGCUCCUGGAGGAGGAAGACUUGGACGAGUUAAACAUCAGGGACCCGGAGCACAGAGCCGUUCUCCUGACUGCGGUGGAACUGCUGCAGGAGUAUGACAGUAACAGUGACCAGUCGGGAUCCCAGGAGAAGCUGCUCGUCGACGGCCAGGCCCUGAGCGGAUGCUCCCCACGGGACUCGGGGUGCUACGAGAGCAGCGAGAACCUGGAGAAUGGGAAGUCUCGGAAAGCUGGCCUCCUGCCUGCCAAGUCGUCCACCGAGCCCAGCCUGCAGUCUUUCAGUAGGAACCAGCUGGGUAACUACCCAACACUACCCCUAACCAAGUUGGUGGAUGCGCUGAAGGAGGGCGAGAAGGAAAGCCUGCUGGCCAGGGGGCUCGCCCCUCGAGACGCCUCCAGCUGUGACCAGCCGAGAGUGACUGGUGUGACAAAAAACAGGAGAAGUCUCCCCGUUUCCAUGUGCCGGAGCUGCGAAGCCCUGGAGGACCCCCAGCCGGUGGCAGCCUGGCCCCGGUCCCACUCCCUGGAUGACCUUCAAGGAGGGCCGGAUGCUGGAAAGGAUGGGCUUGGUGGGCCUGCUGGCCCGUCCCCUCGGGUUUUACCAGAAGUGCCACAGAAGACCCCCGCCGCCACACUCCAGGCGCUGCUGUUGACCCAAAGCAAGAGAUGUUCUGAUCCCCAGAAAAUGACCGCUAAGAGACUGGAUGAUCCAGGGGCUGUCUUGUCACCUCCUCCGUGUUUGCCCAAAACCUGUGGCAUGAAACCCAGCUUAACGAGGACACCUGUGGAGGGUCACAGAAAAGGACAUGAUUUUGAAGGAACAAAUCACCCCCCAAGCACCAAAGAAAAAGCAGGUGCUGAGCAGAAGGUUCCCGAGGCGAGAACGCAGCCGAAAAAUCCUUCCCAGCCCCCACCCGUGCCUGCCAAAAAGAGCCGGGGGCGCCUGGCCAACGGCCUCCUCCUCGUACCCACGGGCCCCGGGACCACCGCGUCCAAUCAGGACGCACCUUGUCUGCCCAUCAAAAGGGGCAGCCCUGCCAGCCCCACUGACACUGACUGCCACCCAGCCCAGGCUGCCAGGACCACCCCAGGGGAUGAGUCUGGCAGCCCUGUGAGCACCAGGCCCCCGCCCUGGCUCUCAGAACUCCCAGAGAGCAAGAGUAUCCCUGAGCAUGGUGCCCGGGCCAGCCUGGUGCUCACCAGGAAGGUGUCCUGCAGCCGCGGGGUCAGCCUGGAGAUGCUGACUGAAAACAAACUGCAGGCAGAGGGCAUCGACCUCACUGAGGAGCCCUACUCGGAUAAGCAUGGCCGCUGUGGGAUCCCGGAAGCCCUGGUGCAGAGAUACGCCGAGGACUUGGAGCAGCCGGAGAGGGACGUGGCAACCCACAUGGACCAGAUCCGUGUGAAGCUGCUUCGGAAGCAGCACCGCAUGGCGAUCCCAAGUGGUGGCCUCACAGAGAUCUGUAGAAAGCCCCUGUCUCCCGGAUGCGUGGCAUCCGUGUCUGACUGGCUGGUGUCCAUCGGCCUGCCCAUGUACAGCAGUGCCCUCACAGAAGCGGGGUGCAGCUCGCUCAGCCAAGUGCCUACUCUGUCCCACACUUGCCUUCAGGAGGCCGGCAUCACAGAGGAGAGACACAUCAGCAAACUCAUGUCCGCAGCCAGACUCUUCAAACUGCCGCCGGGGCCCGAGGCCAUGUAG